AUGCUAGUUGGUGGCUCGCUGUGGGGCAAAUGGGUUCAAACGAACCUUCUCAAAAGGAAAAGCUUCUGGGAAGUUAAGGAAAGUUCACACAUUGGCUCUUGGAUUUUCAGGAAAAUGCUUAAGAUGCGGUCUGUUGCUAAGACAUUCUAUAUGAAAGCAGUGGGGAAUGAGAGACAUACCUCUUUUUGGUAUGACAAGUGGACAGAGUUGGGAGUGAUGUCGGAUCUUCUCGGAGACAGAGGUGUUAUGGAUCUGGGUAUCAGGCGAGAAGCCACGGUGGAGGAAGCUCUCUGCAAUAACAGAAGGAGAAAACGACAUAGAAGAGUUUUGUUGAAUGAUAUUGAGAAAGAAUUGGAAAUAAUCAAAGCAAAGCAGAGAGCAGAUGUGAAGGACGUUGAUCUGUGGAGAGGAAACAUGAGAUUCAAGCAAAAAUUCUCCACUCAUUUGACUUGGCAGCUAACAAGAGCACCAGGGGCUCAAUGCACUUGGAGUAGGGGUAUCUGGUUCUCUCAGACAAAUCCUAAAUUUGCUUUCAUGGCUUGGUUAGCGCUGCGGGAUAGGCUUACCACCAUGGAUCGAGUUUCGAACUGGAGUCAAGAUGUGGACACGGCCUGUGUGCUUUGCAAAAAUGCUACUGAAACAAAGAAGCACAUAUUCUUUGAGUGCAGCUUCUCCUCACGAAUUUGGGAAACUAUCACCAAAGGGAUACUGCUCAACAUUUACUCUACUAGUUGGGAUGACAUUAUCAGACUAAUCACAAACCAGUUUAUGGAGAAGAAGAAGCGGUUUGCUCUUCGCUAUGCUUUUCAGACUGCCUUGUACAUGAUAUGCACAGAACGCAACAAGAGGCGUCAUGGUGAACAGCCUCGCCCAUUACUAGUAUUGGCAAAGCUGAUAGAUAAAGCUAUCAAGAACAAGCUCAGUUUGGUGCAGUCCAAAGGAGUAAGGGGGUUGGAAGGUAUUCUGCAGUACUGGUUUGGCACAAGGAUGUAA